UCAAUCUUGCUUCUCAUUCAUUGCGACAAUCCAAUUACUCUCUUGUGGGAAGAAGAAAAGAGCAAGCCGAAGUACGAGGCCAACGGCAAUAACAUCUUCCUCGCGAUUGCGCCGCCUACGAAAUCCACAGUCGAGGGUGUUCGUCACCCUGCCACGCUCCAGCCGCCAUGGAGCGUACGGCUUCCCUUCUGAGCUUCAGCAGCCGCUCCAGCUCUGAUGCCUCAACGAAUCGAAAUGACCCCUUACUACCAUACGCGGAAAGCCUUUUGGAGAAGAAAGCAGCUCGGGGACAAUCAGUCUUUGGACGGGGUUUAUAUCGGAGAAUCCUGAUAUGGACCGUCAUCAGCAUGAUCAUCGUGUCGUUUGCCCUAUUCAAAACCGGCGAUGGCAUUGUAGCGGAUGCGGGUUCGCGAUUCACACAACCUAGCACAACACCCUCAACAGGGAAGGCUGCUCCGGCGCAACCUACAAUAAUCGGUAACGAGGAUGGCGGUCCUGUCUUGGUGAUUGUGGAUAAGGAGAAGGAGGCCAAGGAGAAGGAAGCCAAGGAGAAGGAGGCAAAGGAAAAGGAGGCUAAGGAAAAGGGUGAUGCGAAACCCGAGGAGAAGAAAGAGGGAGAAAAGACAGAAUCUAGUCAAGACAAGAAACCAGCAGACGAAGAGAAGAAACCCGAAGAGGGUGACAACAAGGACGGCGAGAAGACAGCGGAACAAGACAAAGGGAAAGACGGCCAGCAGAAGCAGGUACCCGUCGACGACAAAGAUGAACUGAGCGCCGAAGAGGACGCAGAGGCACAGAAGAAGUGGGACGAGGACCUGAAAAAGAUGCCCUGGCUCAAAUUCCCACCGUAAGUCUCUGAUUUUUCAUACUCCAAGUUCAGGCUGCUGACAUGGCCUUUCUUCUAGUUUGAAUGGCUACUUCCAUGGUCUCAAGGCUCUGGUGGCCAAAUCCGAGCAUACUCCCGAGUAUCCCAACCCUGCUCACCAAGCUCCUCUCG